CGAUAUAAAAAGGCCAGCCCAACAAACUGGUGGGGCAUUUCUAAGCCAGAAGCAUCGUCAAUAUGGACCUUGCCGUUCUCUCUGUGUUCCUGCCUUUCGUGACACUGGCGUGGGGCCAGUAUGGUGACUACUACUAUGGCCCCUAUAACGACGGAGAUAAUGAUGAAUGGGCCAAUGUGUACCGGCAGGGCUUCAACUUCCAGUGUCCGCACGGGCAGGUGAUCGUGGCCAUCAGGAGUGUUUUCAGCAAGAAGGAGGGCUCCGACAGGCUGUGGAACUACGCGUGCAUGCCGGCGGCCCAGAGCCUCGGCGAGCCGACCGAGUGCUGGUGGGAAGAGAUCAACAGGGCAGGGACCGAAUGGUAUCAGACCUGCUCAAACAAUGGGCUGGUGGCCGGUUUCCAGAGCCAGUAUUUUCCAUCUGUGCUUGACCGUGAAUGGCAAUUCUACUGCUGCCGCUAUAGCCGGAGAUGCCCGUAUUCAUGCUGGUUAACAACAGAAUAUCCUGGACACUACGGAGAAGAUAUGGAAAUGAUGAUGUAUACUUAUGACCACUACAUCCGUGGGGCAACCACAACUUUCUCUGCUGUGGACAGGGACCGUCAGUGGAAAUUCAUUGUCUGCAGGAUGACAGAGUAUGACUGCCCAUUUCAAAAUGCUUAAAAAGAUUGAGUACCUCAAGCUCAGAAAGCCUGGGGAGGGUUAGGGUGGGGUGAGGGUAGAUGAUUAUGGGAGAAGGCCACUUAAGCUCACCAAAAAAAAUACCCAGACUCAUCGGCUGUUUGUUGAAGAUAUAAUUCUUUGCCUCUGGAGCUAUUACAAAAAUUGCCAUCCCACAUGCUUGCAACAGCAAUUUUGGAGGAUUCCCUCAAGCUGCACUGGCAGUUGCAUCCCCCAACUAAAACUGCUUAUAACAUACACAUGUUUAUGACACACAAGUUUAUAUGUGCAGUUACCUUUUUUUAUAAAGAUAUCUAGCCAUUCUGACCACAUACAACUUCUUUCACAUAGCACCUUUCCAUAAAUUGCUUCCCAGAGCAAAGUCACUGCAAACGAGGAGAAAAUAUAAUAUAACCUUUGCAACACGCGAUAGUCUUUUCUGUCCUCUGCUUUUACUUAGAACCCAGUGAUCUCUAUCAGCUUCUCAGCAUUUAGGAGCUGAAAGCGUGCUGAAAGUGGUAUCAGUAGGUCUCUGACACAUUGCCUUUGGGGUUACCUGUUACAGCUCUCAGUACAGCUGCACUGCUACAAAUGCCUGUCUACACAGGGGAAUUGUAGCUAGGUAUAGUAAGGGAAGAUGUCAGUACCUGAUUAAAAUGUGAGUAGAUCCAUCAAAAAAAAGAGAAGCCAACUUUACUGAGAUCUCAAGUAUCUUUUAUAUUGCCCUAAAAGUUUUCAAUGCCAUAACUACCCCAAGAACACUGAACUGGUCGAACCCAAGGGCGAGCCAGGCCGUGCUUGCUCUCAGUAAAUAUGUAUGCUCUACUUGUCAGAAGUCUACUUUUCAGGUGCAUUGGGCUAUCGCCAUAGGUGUCUGAGUGACAACAUCUUGCCUUGACAACAUAUUUUUGGCUCAGAUCAGACAAAUAAAACGAAUGACUUCAGAUCACCUUAGUUCCUCCAACUUGCAGAUCUCAUUCCCCAGAUCUGACCAGGUUUCAAGUCUGCACAGCACUUGUGCAGCUGUAAUCCAAUAAGGAAGACCUCUGAUCUUCUGGGAGGAUCUGAGGUGGGGUUUUUACUCUUGAAGAAGCCAGAAUUCAGGGCUCAGCUCCUUACCUUGAAAAGUCAAUGACAAACUUACAGUGGCUUCAGUGGCACCUGUUCAAGGGCCAUGAUGAACCCAUGUACCGAUUUCAGAUUCUAAGCUUCACAGGAAACAGUGGUGUCAGCCUGUUGGUUUCCAAGUCCCGAGCAUUUUUCAUAUAUUUGCUAGCAUACCCUCAAGUGUGAGCAUUAAAACUACACUUGUCCAAUAAAUGAAUAAUAGGU